CACGCUGCGCCCAGCGCAGAGAGAGGCAGACAUGUCGGAGCCCCCUCCAGUGGAGGAUCCCGCCGACGAGGGAGGCGGCGAGCACAAGAAGAAGCGCAAGAAGCACAAGAAGCACCGCUCCAAGGAGGGAGACGGCGCUGACGCUGAGGGCGAGCCCGCAAACGGCAACAGCGCGGCAGAGGCGGCCAAGGCGUCGCGGAGCUACAGCCCCUCGCCCGUGCGCAAGAAGAAGCCGGCGGCGCCGGCCGACAACAAGCCGGCCCGCUUUUGGGACGGCUUCCAGUGGGUCGACGUCGAGAAGAACGAGGCCGACUCGGCGCCGCUGAUGGGGCAGGCGACGCGCAAGGACCGGCGGCUGUACGUGGGCAACCUGCCCAUCGGCGCGGGGCUGGCGGACAAGCAGCUCUCCGAGUUCUGCUCCGUGUCCUGACGGCGCCGCGACACGCUUACAGGCUCAGUCCUCAACCAUGGCUCGGCGUGCGGCGCAAGGAGCGCGGGGCCGGUGCACGGGGGUCGUCCCCCGGACCGGAGCGCCCACGCAGAGAGAUGGCCCAUACACUCCCCUGCAUAUUCGGUCCCUGUCCGCUGUCGGCUGUCUCGGCUGUCUCGCUCGCUCGCUCCGAACUCUGUCUAGUUUUCGCACACGCCACACCGUUUGUCUCGACUUAGAGCACUUACUCUGCGGGCGUCGGUCGGGGCGGCGUCGCUCUUAUCAUCUGCAGUUACGA